GUGAAUGCGUCUGCGCGCUGAGCCCGCAGCUGUCAGCGUAAACGUCACGACUAGCGGAGUCUUUGUGAACGCGGAGCCUCAGUCUCUGAGAGCAGAGCACUUUAAAAUGCACACAUCACGGACACUCCAUAGUUUGGCGCGUUACGCAUCGUGUCAGGAUUGAUGCUUGUUUCUGAAUCUAAACGAGGAUUAGGCCAAGCGCGUACAGUAGGAGAGACUUUUGUUUACUCGGGAUCUCAACGCUGUUUAUCGUGUGGCUGUGUCCAGCAGCAGACACAACUAUUCCGGAGAUGAGUGACGCGAGAUUGAUUUUUUGGGACCAGAUGCAGGCUGGUAGCUCCGACGUGGACUGGUGUGAAGGCAAUUAUCUUAUUUACCCCAGCAUCGCUGAGUUUUACAACACGAUCAGCAACAUACUGUUUUUUGUUUUGCCCCCCAUAUUAAUGUGCUUGUUCCGCCAAUAUGCAACACAUUUCAACAGUGGGAUCUACCUCAUUUGGAUUCUGCUUGUUGUGGUUGGUAUCGGUUCCACUUACUUUCACGCCACCCUCAGCUUCUUGGGCCAAAUGCUGGAUGAAUUGGCCAUUUUGUGGGUACUCAUGUGUGCCAUUGGCAUGUGGUUUCCAAAGCGGUAUCUACCCAAGAUGUUCAGAAGAAAUCGGUUAAGGUUCAAAGUGGUUAUUGGUGUCUUGUCCGGGAUCACCACAGGACUGGCAUUUGUUAAGCCUGUGGUCAACUCACUGUCAUUAAUGACUCUGGGGAUUCCCUGCACCGCACUUCUCAUAACUGAACUUAAAAGGUGUGAAAACCUGCGUGUUUUCAAAUUGGGCUUGAUCUCAGGGUUCUGGUGGGCGUUGGCUUUGCUCUGCUGGGUCAGUGACAGGAUAUUCUGCGAAAUGUGGUCAUCUGUCAACUUUCCCUAUUUACAUUGUGCUUGGCACAUCCUCAUCUGUCUGGCUUCCUAUCUGGGGUGUGUUUGUUUUGCGUACUUUGACGUGGCGACAGAGGCUCCGGAGAGAGGCCCGGUCAUCAUGUUCUGGCCCAAUGAGAAAUGGGCCUUCAUUGGAGUGCCAUAUGUGUCCUUACUGUGCGUCCACAAGAAGCCUACUAUAAAGGUGACAUAAAGGUGCAUUGUGUAACUUUUUGGUUGAUUGUUUCUAUGGAUAUGCCAUUGCUCUGCCUGGAAUGUUCCACAGUAUGACAUUGAACAGCUCUACUUUACAUUUUUUCAAUUACAGGUGGUUUUAUAGCUCUAAAAUACAGAGAGAAAUGAACAUUCUGGCUAUGCAUAGGGUUGCAUCUCCACAGAUCUGACCUGUAACUUGGUUUGGUUUGGUCUCUAAGGAGAAACACAUUUGACAGACUCUCCACUAGAAAAGUUACACAAUGCCCUGUUAAGGUAGUACCGCUGGGUUUACAGUGGACUCACAUUAAUAUUGUUAUUCAGUAUUAUUCAGUAUUUUAGGCUCAGGCUGAGAUGCAUCAACUGGUGCUCCUUUAACUGGACAAGAAACGAUAGAUGUCAGAUAUUUAAUUGAUUAGGGGUGCACCGAUACAAUACUGGUAUCAGAUAUCUGGAAAAUACUGUUAAAUUUUCUGGAUAAGAUAUCGGCUCCCCAAUAUUGGUUAAUUCGAUAUCCUGAUUGCGCAUAUACAAUUGAUUUACUGGUCAUAGUGGGCCCAGAAAGUCAAUAUUUGAACUUUUACUUACACAAAGUUGCUCUGUAGUUAUUUGAGAGAUAAAUAACUGCUACAUAACACAUUUGGAUCAAUUUUUUUCGGUGCAUCUCUAUAAAUUAUAUCGAUUAUCACAGAGAUACAGGAUGUGUUGCUCUUCUUUUGUGGCUAUGACAAAGCCAUCAGUAUUAUUUACUCAAGUGCAGUCCAAUAACUGUACCAAAAACAAAGAGGCAAGGAUUGAUACUUUGCACUGACAUCAUGCUGGGGGUGUUCUGCAUGUGUCUCUAAGGGUCGACACAAUGCACACAUUAGCAGACAUUGUCAAAAGUGAUUGCUAAGAUUGUCUGGAAACAAAAAAAAACAAAGAAUUGAUUUAAACAACACAUUUUUAGGAGUCUGUGAUUAAUACGAGCUUUGAUGGUCCUGUUUAGGUGUUUGAUUUUCAACAAAAAGGUGAGAUCUUGUGACUGUAAUUUUAUGUGAGAGAGACUUGUUUACCAGCACAAAUCAGAUCACCUGUUGUAGUUCCAACCAGGUCAAACUCUUUCUGGUCAGAUUGUGUUAAAAUAAAGAUCAGAUUAAGUCUAAUUUGAGUAACAGAGCAGUGCUUUCAGUUAGCAGCACACCCCCAGGAAAUGUUGAUGACGUCGGCUGCAAAGUAUCAAUAUGCUGAGUGGAAGUGUCUAUAUUGAAUAUCUCUGCAAACCUCAGCAUCAUCCAAAGAGUUGCCUUAAAAUAUACUCACAGGAUUUGCUGGAGCUCUAUGGCCAGACUUAAUCAUCACAUAUCCAUAAUUCAGCACAGUUAUAUGGAUAUGUGUAUAUAACUCUAACUUUUAUUGCAUGUAUAAUGGGAAUUUACUUAUAAAACAUGUCUACCUGUUUGCAUUUAAUCUAAACUGUACUAUGCAGUAGAUAAAUCAGAUAAAUUAUUUUUAUAAACCUAAAAAUGUAUUAACCCUUACUACUCAAAAUUUGUAUUAAGCUACAGAGAUAUGCACUCUGUAUAAGACUUUUGGCACAUGUUCUCUAUCAUUAAAACACUUGCCUCUUCAAAAUAAAGAAUAAUAAUCUUUAUAUAGGUUACCGAGGCAAAAGCAUAGGCAAGUGAGUAAUAGCAGAGAAAUGUUUUUAAUUUUUACUUAAGUGGAAUGUAGUAUUGAAUUAAAAGUCUUCUGCUAAUAAUAAUGAUGAAUGUUGAGAUGAACAUUGUUGGUCACUAACCUUCUUAUUUAGAUGUCCUCAAUGCACCAGCUUCCAUAUUACAAGAGGCACUGAAUGAGAAUUGAAUUUCAAAUUAUGUUCUCUUGAACCAAAUCACUUCAUACAAAUACUACUGCCAAAAUGAGUGAGCAGAAGAUGCUCAAACAUCAUACAAACAACUGAGAAAUCAAAGGAAAAACAUAUUUUUCAGUAAAGUAUUUUGUUAGAUCUAAAUGUAUAUUUUUAGGUGUCUUGCCAAAACCGCAUUUGUACUAACAUUUUCAUUUUUAGGUAUUUAGUUUUGAAAGAGGUUUAUACGGAUUAUGUGAAGUAUUCUAUGUGUAGGACUGAAAUAUUGUUGUUCAAGUACAUUUAAUCUUGCAAGUAUUGUAUAAAAUGGUUGGCUAUACUGUUGAUAUGCACAGUAAUGAAGAAGCAGUCAGUAGCAUUUGUGGUACCUACAGAACAGUAAAAUUUCUGUUAUUAAAAAUGUAAUUAUGCUAUUUGUUCUGUUUGUUAUCAUUAAUAUUUUAUUUCUUGGCACAUUACUCAGUAUCGCUUGGUAGGAAGAAUAGCCAGUGCAUUUUUCUUCAUGUGCACAGUACUGGGAUUAUUUUAUUUCAGCUUCACCUCAAAUUCUCUUACUGAGUCUUCAAUGCAAGUACAAUAUCAACAAUAACCAACUGUUAUAUAGCAGUGUGUAUCAUGGGCAUGGCAUGUGUAUUAUAACUCUGUAGAAGGACUUAAAUGGAAUGAUGCAUUUAUGAAGGUGAUGGGAUUUUCUGCCUGCCAUUACGUACCUGGACAAAAUCGCACAAAAUAUUUAUUUUUCAUAAUUUAUCAACUUUUGUAAACCAGUGUUUGUACAAUAAUAUUUAUUUUAUGCAAUAAAAGUAAAUGGUACAAGUUA